UUUGGCUUCAAAUUCCGCUACUUUAAAAGCACUUCAAAAACUCGUUCGCCGCCGACUCUCUUUAAGCUCUACACCACCAAAAGACUACUUCCCGAAAACCCUUCAUCACAAAAAACCCUAAUCCCACACUUCUACUCUUCAACCACUCUAUAAUGGGUCGCCGGAAAACUGACAAUCACACUCCGACCACCCUCAACGGCUUGCCUCAGCCCCAGGGUUCGAAGAUUUGCUUUGAAGACGACGACGACGAAGCUCCGGUUGAAGAAACCACUGAAAGCUCCAACUUCGACGAAUCCAUGUGCGACGCCGCCGACGACUCAAACAGAGUCAUUGAAGACACCGCGUGUGAACCCGGCCAGUCCUUCAAUGAUAAAGAUGAUAAAACCAGCGCUGAUUAUUACUUCGACUCCUACUCUCAUUUCGGUAUUCACGAAGAAAUGUUGAAGGAUACAGUUAGAACUAAGACUUAUCAAAAUGUAAUUUAUCAAAAUAAGUUUUUAUUUAAAAAUAAAGUAGUUCUUGAUGUGGGAGCAGGAACUGGGAUUUUGUCACUCUUUUGUGCCAAGGCAGGAGCUGCCCAUGUUUAUGCUGUAGAGUGCUCCCAUAUGGCCGAUAUGGCUAAAGAGAUUGUUGAAACAAAUGGAUUUUCUAAUGUUAUAACCGUUUUGAAAGGGAAGGUUGAAGAAAUCGAACUUCCCGUCUCCAAAGUAGACAUAAUUAUUUCAGAAUGGAUGGGAUACUUCUUGUUGUUUGAGAAUAUGUUAAAUACAGUCCUAUAUGCUCGUGAUAAGUGGCUUGUUGAUGAUGGUAUUGUAUUACCAGACAAAGCUUCUCUACACUUAACAGCUAUUGAGGACGCAGAUUAUAAAGAAGACAAGAUUGAGUUUUGGAAUAGCGUAUAUGGGUUCGACAUGAGCUGCAUCAAAAAGCAAGCCUUGGUGGAGCCUCUGGUGGAUACUGUUGACCAGAAUCAAAUUGUUACAAACUGUCAACUACUCAAGACAAUGGAUAUAUCGAAAAUGGCACCUGGUGAUGCUUCCUUUACUGCCCCAUUCAAGCUUGUAGCAGAACGUGAUGAUUACAUUCAUGCUCUUGUAGCCUACUUUGAUGUUUCUUUCACCAAAUGCCAUAAGUUGAUGGGAUUCUCGACUGGUCCAAGAUCAAGGUCUACACAUUGGAAGCAAACAGUUCUAUACUUGGAAGACGUCAUCACAAUUUGUGAGGGCGAGUCUAUAACUGGGAGUUUGAACGUUGCUCCAAACAAGAAGAAUCCUCGUGAUAUUGAUAUCGUGCUCAAAUACUCGUUCAAUGGACGUCGAUCCACAAUCUCAAAGACUCAACAUUACAAGAUGCGUUGAUUCUUCUUAACAUUGGCUUGUCUCCUUCGAACGAAAUCAAUGUAUUGAGUGUUGCUACAUUCUUUUUAAAGGGUGUAAAGUAUCGACAUGCUUGUAUUCUUUUUGCCCAUCUGAAUGCUUUUUAAUUCAAUCUAUAGUGUUUCCUCUUCUA